AUGGGGAAAAAGGAGAGACGAGGAGCGUCGACCUCUCUGAUCCCAUGGGCCGGGUCUUGGACAGACUGGACCGACCCGUUCUUGUCAGAUGACCCGUGGGACCCAUUCUGGGGAGGUGGCGCCAACCUGUUGUGGGGCACAGCCGGGGUGAGAAAAGAGGAGGUGAAGGUGCAAGUGGAGGACGGGAACGUGCUGAGCAUAAGUGGGGAGAAGGCCAAGGAGGAGGAGGACGCCGGAGACACCUGGCACCGCAUCGAGAGGAGGACGGGGAGCUUCCAUAGGAAGUUCAGGCUGCCGGAAAAUGCGAGGAUGGAGGAGACCAGGUGCAGCAUGGACAACGGCGUGCUUACAGUCACCAUCCCUAAGCUUGCUGAGGAGGAAAAGCCUCCUAAUGUUAGGUCUAUAGAGGUGGCUUAG